CCGUGAGAACUGUCAAUCAGGCGUCCAGCCCGCUGGAGGAUGCGAGGUUGAAAAAGCCCGCGGCGUCUUCUCUGUCCCCUGCGCUCGGCUCCCUGCUCGGUCGGGCUGGAACCUGUACUGGCAGCCGGAGGUGUAGGUAGGAACCGGAAUACCUCGGAAGCCGGGAAAUGAUGGAGUUUCAUUCUUGUUGCCCAGGCUGGAGUGCAAUGGCGCGAUCUCAGCUCACCACAACCUCUGCCUCCCACAUUCAAGCGAUUCUCCUGCCUCAGCCUCCCGAGUAGCUGGGAUUAAAGGCAUGUGCCACCAUGCCCAGCUAAUUUUGUAUUUUUUAGUAGAGACGGGGUUUCUCCAUAUUGGUCAGGCUGGUCACAAACUCCUGACCUUAGGUGAUCUGUCCACCUCGACCUUCCAAAGUGCUGGGAUUACAGGCAUGAGACACUGCUCCCGGCCUUGUUUUCUAUUUUUAAAACUUUCUCUUUUUCUACCUUCUGUAGUUUUUGCUUGUUUGUUUGUUUUUUUUGAGAUGGAGUCUCGCUCUGUUGCCCAGCCUGGAGUGUAGUGGCGUGAUCUCAUCUCACUGCAACCUUCACCUCCUCCUGGGUUCAAAUGAUUCUCGUGCCUCAGUCUCCCGAGUAGCUGGUAUUACAGGCGUGUGCCACCAUACCCGGUUAAUUUUAAUAAUUUUAGUAGAGACAGGGUUUCGCCAUGUUGGCCACGUUGGUCUUGAACUCUUGACCUCAAGUGAUCUGUCUGCCUCGGCCUCCCAAAGUGCUGGCAUUACAGGGGUGAGCCACUGUGCCUGGUAGUAACUUUUUCAAAGUAUGUUUACAGAGAUGUAUUCCCUGUCCUCUGUAGUCAAUGAAGGCUCUGUUCCUUUAACUUGUGUUCAUCUAGUGUUUUGAGAGAGGUUUCCUGAAUGCUAGGAGCUAAAAUAAAACAGACCUGGCCGGGUGCUGUGGCUCAUGCCUGUAAUCCCGGCACUUUGGGAGGCCAAGGCGGGUGGAUCACCUGAGGUCAGGAGUUCGAGGCCAGCCUGGCCAACAUGGCGAAACCCUGUCUCUACUAAAAAUACAAAAAUUAGCCAGGCGUGGUGGUGGGCCCCUGUAAUCCCAGCUACUGGGGAGGCUGAGGCUGGAGAAUCACUUGAACCUGGGAGGCAGAGGUUGCAGUGAGCUGAGAUCUUACCACUGCACUCCAGCCUGGGCAGCAAGAGCAGAACUCUGUCUCAAAAAACAAACAAACAAACAAACAAUCAAACAAAAAGAGGCCCAAACCUGACCUCUUCCAGGCUUUGUGGAUGGCUUUGUCGUGCAGCAUUCCUUGAACACUCGGCCUGAGUUUUGUUUUGUUUUUUUUUUUUGAGACGGAGUCUCGCUCUGUCACCCAAGCUGGAGUGCAGUGGCGUGGUCCUGGCUCACUGCCAGCUCUGCCUCCCGGGUUCACGCCAUUCUCCUGCAUCAGCCUCCUGAGUAGCUGGGCCUACAGGUGCCCGCCACCACACCCGGCUAAGUUUUGUAGUUUUAGUAGAGACGGGGUUUCACCGUGUUAGCCAGGAUGGUCUGGAUCUCCUGACCUCUUGAUCUGCCUGCCUCAGCCUCCCAAAGUGCUGGGAUUACAGGCGUGAGCCAUCACGCCCGGCCGACUGUUUAAAACUCUGCGUUAGCCUCCAAUUUCUGCUGAACUGAGCCUAGAGAUCAGCCAGUGCCGAAACUUAGGGCCUCCUCAGGUUUUUUCUAGAAAUGUGUUAUUUCCUGGGCAGACGUGAGGCUUUCUCAAUUCCCCAGGAUACCAAAGUGCUUUUGAUUAGCCUAAUUUCUGAAGCUAAUUUUCUCUCCAGAUUGUUUUCCUGGGUCUUAGAUGGUCUAUUCUGUCUCAGUCAUAGACUGUUGUUCCAGAUGGUUGCAGGCUUUUUGUUGACAAUAUUUUUAUGUAGUCCCUGCCAAUUUUUGACCCCAGUUAGGCUUUAGUGUAGUUGAAACAGAGAAGAGAGCCUUAUUUCAGACUUUUCGUAGGCCCAGGAGAAAUUGGAGUAUACGAAGAUAAUAUUUGCAAAUAAAGUAAAUAUAAUAUUUGCAAAUAAGAUGGUAGAAUAGGUCACCGCGCCUGGCCUGUUCUACAUUUUCACUUACCUUUUUCUCUUUUUCAUCUUUCUGUCAACAGUGUGGUGUGUUGAAUAUUAUAGUUUCAAAAUCCUUCAUGUGUGUUAGGACUCAAUGAUCUUUGAGGAUGUGGCUGUGAACUUUACCCAGGAGGAGUGGGCUUUGCUGGAUCCGUCCCAGAAGAAACUCUACAGAGAUGUGAUGUGGGAAAUCAUCAGGAACCUGAUGUCUGUAGGAAUAAAAUGGGAAGACCGGAACAUUGAAGAUCAGUACAAAAAUUCCAGGAGAAAUCCAAGAAAUCAUAUGGCAGAGAGACUCUGUGAAUGUAAAGAUGGUCAAUGUGGAGAAACUUUCAGCCUGAUUCCAGAUGGUAUAAUGAACAAGAACACUCUUCCUGGGGUAAAACCAUGUGAAAGCAGUGUGUGUGGAGAAGGCAACGUGGAUCAUUCAUCUCUGAAUUGCUACAUCAGAGCUGACACUGGACACAAACCGUAUGAGUGUCAGGAACAUGGAGAGAAGCCACAUAAAUGUAAGCAGUGUGUAAAAACCUUCAGCUGCCUCCACUCCUUCCAAACACAUGAAAAGCCUCACACUGGAGAGAAACCCUAUGAUUGUAAGGAAUGGGAAAAAACCUUCGAUUCUCCCCAAACCGUUCGAAGAUACAGGGUAGCACAUAGUGGAGAUGGACCUUAUAAAUGUAAGUUUUGUGGGAAAGCCUUUGAUAAUCUCAGUUUAUAUCUCACACAUGAAAGAUCUCAUACUGGACAGAAGCCAUAUGAAUGUAAUGAAUGUGGGAAAGCCUUUGGUUUUCCCAGCUCCUUUCAUAGACAUGAAAGAACGCACACCGGGGAGAAACCAUAUGAAUGUAAGCAAUGUGGGAAAACCUUUAGUUGUUCCAGUUCCAUUAAAAAACAUGAAAGAAUCCACACUGGAGAGAAGCCCUAUGAAUGCAAACAAUGUGGGAAAGCCUUUGCUUCUUGCAAUUCCUUUCAGUAUCAUGAAAGGACUCACACUGGAGAGAAACCCUAUGAAUGUAAGCAAUGUGGGAAAGCCUUUAAUUGUUCCAGUUCCAUUAGAAAACAUGCAAGAAUUCACACUGGAGAGAAACCCUAUAUAUGUAAACAAUGUGGUAAAGCUUUUAGAUUUCCCAGUUCUAUUAAAAAUCAUGAAAAGACUCACACUGGAGAGAAGCUCUAUGAAUGUCAGGAAUGUGGGAAAGCCUUCAGAUAUUCCAGUUCACUUCGAGUACAUGAAAGAAUUCACACUGGAGAGAAGCCGUAUGAAUGUGAGGACUGUGGGAAAGCCUUCAGUCAUCCCACGACCUUUCGUAGACAUAAAAUUACCCACACUGCAGAGAAACCUUAUGAAUGUCAGAAAUGUGGGGAAGCCUUCCGUUAUCCUGUUGCUUUUCAUAGACAUGAAAGAACGCACACCGGGGAGAAACCAUAUGAAUGUAAGCAAUGUGGGAAAACCUUUAGUUCUUCCAGUUCCAUUAAAAAACAUGAAAGAAUCCACACUGGAGAGAAGCCCUAUGAAUGCAAACAAUGUGGGAAAGCCUUCGCUUCUUGCGAUUCCUUUCAGUAUCAUGAAAGGACUCACACUGGAGAGAAACCCUAUGAAUGUAAGCAAUGUGGGAAAGCCUUUAAUUGUUCCAGUUCCAUUAGAAAACAUGCAAGAAUUCACACUGGAGAGAAACCCUAUAUAUGUAAACAAUGUGGUAAAGCUUUUAGAUUUCCCAGUUCUAUUAAAAAUCAUGAAAAGACUCACACUGGAGAGAAGCCCUAUGAAUGUCAGGAAUGUGGGAAAGCCUUCAGAUAUUCCAGUUCACUUCGAGUACAUAAAAGAAUUCACACUGGAGAGAAGCCGUAUGAAUGUGAGGACUGUGGGAAAGCCUUCAGUCAUCUCACGACCUUUCAUAGACAUAAAAUUACCCACACUGCAGAGAAACCUUAUGAAUGUCAGGAAUGUGGGGAAGCCUUCCGUUAUCCUGUUGCUUUUUGUAGACAUAAAAUUACCCACACUGCAGAGAAACUUUGAGUGUAAGGAAUGUGGGAAAGCCUUCUGUUAUCACAGUUCCCUUCAAAGGACUCACAACGGAGAAAAGUUGUGUGGAUAUAAAAAAAUGUAAAGCUGGCUGGGUGCGGUGGCUGAUGCCUGUAAUCCCAGCACUUUGGGAGGCCAAGGCAGGCGGAUCAUGAGGUCAAGAGAUUGAGACCAUCACGGCCAACAUGGUAAAACCCCAUCUCUACUAAAAAUACAAAAAUUAGCUGGGCGUGGUGGCAUGCGCCUGUAGUACCAGCUACUUGGGAGGCUGAGGCAGGAGAAUUGCUUGAACCUGGGAGGUGGAGGUUGCAGUGAACCGAGAUUGUGCCACUGUACUCCAGCCAGGCGACAGAGCGAGACUCCGUCUCAAAAAAAAAAAAAAAAAAAAAGUAAAGCCUUCCACUAUUCCAGUACCUUCUGAAACCACGAAAGAACUCACACUUGAGAAAAACAAUGAUGUUAGGAACAUGGGAAGCCUUUCCUUUCUCUCUCAAUCGUUUGAAGGCGUAUGGUGUGACAUGCUGGCGAUAGACCUCAUAACUGUAAGGAACAUGGAAAACGAUUCUUGUUUUCCAUGCUCCUUGUUUAUUUUAGAUAUAUGAAAGAAUUUACUCUGGAGAGAAACUAUGAGUGUAAAAAAUGUGGUAACGCCUUGUGUAGUUUCUGUUUCUCUGAAAUACUGUCAUGUCCUGGUAUUCUCAGGGGAUUAGUUGCAGGCACCCCGCUCCCCACUUCAGAACAUCUAAAUCUGAAGAUGCUUAAGUGCUUUAUAUAAAAUGGUGUAUUUUCCUAGAACCUAAGCACAUCCUCUUGUACACUUUAAAUCAUCUCUAGGUUAUCUAUACUGCCUAAUGCAUUGUAAAUGAUAUAAAAAUAGUUGUUUCAUUGUGUUAUUUAGGGAAUGCUGACAAGAAAAAACAUCUGUAGAUGUUUAAUACAGAUGACCAUCACAGGCCCACCUCCAUAGUACAGGCCCACCUCAUAGUAUAUGUCAGCUACAAUGAAACAUUUUCCUUUUUUUUUUUGAAAAAGUUUUGGAUUGGUUUCAUUUAAUGGCCUCAAAAACACGUGUUGACAUUCUCCAAAUCCUUGGUUCUUCUCUCUUGAUAACCCUCAUAUGAUGAUUGCUCUGUGGUUCCUAAAGCUGCAGUGUGUUGAGGUGCUUAGAUACGUGGCAGUGUGGAUAAGUCAGGGGACAUCAGUUUAACUUGAAUUUUCUUUUCUUUUUUUUUUUUUUUGAGAUGGAGUCUUGCUCUGUCACCCAGGCUGGAGUGCAAUGGUGCGAUCUUGGCUCACUGCAACCUCCACCUCCUGGGCUCAAGUGAUUCUCCUGCCUCAGCCUCCCAAGCAGCUGGGAUUACAGGUGCCUGCCACCACACCCAGCUAAUUUUUGUAUUUUUAGAAGAGAUGGGGUUUCACCAUGUUGGCCAGGCUGGUCUUGAACUCCUGACCUCGUGAUCUGCCCACCUCGACCUCCCAAAGUGCUGGGACUACAGGCAUGAGCCACCCUGCCCGGCCAGAAUUUUCUUUCAGGACAUCAGGAGGAUCCUCUGCUGGAAGAACCAACAUCUGAUUGCAGAUGUUGCCUCUUUGGUGGAAGGUCAGUAACACAAAUCUUGGAUCUAUGGUGUUUGAGGGCUGAAAAUAUUUAAGCAUCGAACUUUCAGUCCUUUUUUUUUUUUUUUUUUUUUUUGAGAUGGAGUCUUGCUCUGUCACCCAGGCUGGAGUACAGUGGCACGAUCUCAGCUCACUGCAACCUCUGCCUCCCGGGUUCAAGCGAUUCUCCUGCCUCAGCCUCCCGAAUAGCUGGGAUUACAGGCGCACACCACCAUCCCCAGCUAAAUUUUGUAUUUGUAGCAGAGACAGGGUUUCACCAUGUUGGCCAGGCUGGUCUUGAACUCCUGAUCUCUGAUGAUCUGCCCACCUUGGCCUCCCAAAGUGCUGGGAUUAUAGUCGUGAGCCACCGCACCCUGCCGAAGUUUCAGUCUUCAUAAUUGCAGAUGCUUUAGUUGGAAACGUCAUAGGAAAAGCUGUUUUUUCUUUCUCUUUGAAUCAUCAAACACAUCUUGCAAUGGUUUUGGCCAUGUUAUCUCUGGUGACCUGGAAGCGACUUUGAUAUUAAGCUUCAGAGUAUGCUGAAACAAGUCAAGACUUUUGGUGAUGUUAGGAUGGUAUGCAUGUAUUUUGCAUGUGAGGUCAUAAAUUUAGGGAGCAGGUAGAAAAUUAUUGCUUUAUUUGUCCCCUGAAAUUCAUAUUAUUAUUAUUUUUUUGAGAGAGUUUUGCUCUUGUUGCCUAGGCUGGAGCGCGAUGGCACAAUCUCGGCUCAAUGCAACCUCCACCUCCUGGUUUCAAGCGAUUCUCUUGCCUCAGCCUCCCAAGUAGCUGAGACUGUACGCAUACGCCACCGUACCCGGCUAAUUUUUUGUAUUUAGUAGAGACAAGGUUUCACCAUGUUGGUCAGGCUGGUCUCCAACUCCUGACCUCAGGUGAUCCAUGCACCUCGGCCUCCCAAAGUGCCGGGAUUAUAGGGAUGCGCCACCACGCCCAGCCCUGAAAUUCAUAUUUUGAAACCUUACUCCCUAAUGUAUGGAAUGAGGAGAUAGGAUGCCUGGGAGGUAAUUAGGAUUACUUGGGAUCAUGAGGGUAGAGUUCUCAGGAAUGGGACUAUAAGGUUCCCUAGAGAGCUUGCAUUUGCUCUCUAUUAUGUGAGGACACAAUGAGAUGAAAGCCUUCUUUGAACAAGGAAGCUUGCCCUUACCAGGCACUGAAUCUACUAUCACUUUGAUCUUGGAGUUCACAAUCUCCUGUAUACUGAGGAGCAAAUGUUAGGUGUUUAAUACACCCAGCUUAUGUCAUUUUGUUUUAGGAGCCCCUGGUGGAUAAAGCACAACCCCAUUAAAAAAUAGGUGAAGGAGUUGAAUAGACAUUUCUCUAAUGAGGAUAUACAAAUAGACAAUAAUUACAUAAAGAAGAUGUUCAGCAUCACUCAUGGUUUAGGGACAUGCAAAUCAAGAGCAAAAUGACAUCUAUAUCCCCUCACCCUCAUUAGUUUGCUUCUGUCCAAGAACAAAAUAACAUGCUGGCAACGAUGUGGAAUAAUGAGGACCCUUGUACACUAUUGAUGGAAAUGCAAAAUGUCACAACUACUUUUGAAAACUAUAUGGCAGGCCGGGUGCGGUGGCUCAUGCCUGUAAUCCCAGCACUUUGGGAGCCUGAAGUGGGCAGAUCACCUGAGAUUGGGAGUUGAAGACCAGCCUGACCAAGAUGGAGAAACCCCAUCUCUACUAAAAAUACAAAAAAAUUAGCUGGGCAUGGUGGCCCGUGCUUGUAAUCCCAGCUACUCAGGAGGCUGAGGCAGGAGAAUCACUUGAACCCGGGAGGUGGAGGUUACAGUGAGUGGAGAUCGUGCCAUUGCACUCCAGCCUGGGCAACAAGAGCGAAAGUCCAUCUCAAAAAAAAAAAAAAAAAAAAAAAAGAAAAAAGAAAACUGUGUGGCAGGUAAUCAAUACAUUGAAAAAAUGGAAAUAACAUCCACCAUUUUUCCCUUCUGGGAAUAUAAGCAAAAGAAUAGAGAGAGGGGCCUGAAAUGGGUAUUUGUAUACAUGGUAUAGCAGUAUAACUUACCAAUAGGGAAAAUGUGGAAGCAACUCUCUUGUAUAUUGACAGAUGGAUGAAUAAGCAAAAGGUAGUAUAUGCAUAGGAUAGACUAUUACUCUGCCUUCAAAAGGAAGGGCGACCUGACAAAUGCUACAGCAUUGAUGAACUUGGAGCACAUUAUGCUAAGUGAAAUAGUCCAUUCAUAUAAAGACACACCUUAUAAGGUCGAGUCACUUGAUUUUUUACAACCUGUCUCCAGACAUGGGCUCCUUAAACUCCAGACCCAAAAUGUUUUUGCUUAUAUGAGGUACUCAGAGGAGUCAAAUUCAUAAAGAAAGUAGAAUGGUGAUUGUGUGGAAUAGGGGAAGUGGGUAAUGGAGACUUAUGAUUUAAUGGCAUAAAGUUUCAAUAUUGCAAGAUGAAAAGGGUUCUGGAGAUAGAUGGUGGUGAUGGCUGCACACCAAUAUGAACGUACUGAAAGCCAGUAAUUCUACACUUAAAAAUUAAGAUGGGCCGGGCGCAGUGGCUCACGCUUGUAAUCCCAGCACUUUGGGAGGCCGAGGUGGGUGGAUCACCUGAGGUCAGGAGUUGGAGACCAGCCUGGCCAAAAUGGCAAAACCCCGUCUCUACUAAAAAUACAAAAAUGAGCUGGGCAUGGUGGUGCAUGCCUGUAAGCCCAGUUACUCAGGAGGCUGAGGCAGGAGGAUCUCUUGAACCCGGGAGGCUGAGGUUGCAGUGAGCUGAGAUUGUGCCACUGCACUCCAGCCUGGGAGACAGAGCGAGACUCCGUCUCAACAACAACAACAAAAAAUUGUUAAGAUGAUAAAUUGUAUUUUAUCUGUAUUUUAGUACCAUUAAAAUGUGUGGGAUUGGUCAGAGUGGUGGGGAAAAACUAUAGGGAAAGGACGCAAACCUUCUGAGAGGUUGGAAGGUUCUGCAGAGCCCUGGGGGAGAAUAGCUGGAGGUGGCUGUUCUAUAACCCUGAGACAGAGGGCAUGGAGUAGGUACAAGGGAGUGUGGGGGAAUUUAUCUUAAACAGGCUUGUUUACUUGUGUUGACCAGGAGCUGACCUUUCAUCAUCCCUGUGCCUGACGUUCCCUGAAAGGGGAACAAUAAGUGUUAAUUACCUACAGGUUGUGUUGGCUCCAGGUUUUUGGCAUUGUGCCUAGACUGAAUAAAAGCAAGCAGCUCCAGCUUCUUGGGGCUGCUUUCUGGCCACUAGAGCCAGGCAGUCACCUAGUUGCUGUUACACUGAAUACCUGUGUCUGAGUCCUCAUUUCAUCCGUUGGCCAGGGUCUGCAGGACAGACCCGGCAUUAAAAGAGUGGGGAGCCACAGUAGUGCAAAGACCCCACUGGACCACCAACAUACCAAGCAGUUCUUGGUUCAAUCCCUCCUUGUCCUCAACACUGUUUUUCCAUUUUCCUUGUCCAUAAAGGACCUGUUUCCACAUGCUUGCUUUGACUCUGAUGUCACCUUUAGAGUUGAUGCUCAGGCAUAGCUCACUUAACUGUCUCACCUUUUCUCUCCUGAUCUGGUUGUUGAUGGCUGUUGUGAGACAUUGGUUGUUGCCUUUUUAGUUUAAAAGGAUUCAAAUGACACACAGCAAUGGAGAUGCAGUAUAUGGCAAUUUAUUGCAAACGAAAAAGUAUUUUGAAAGUUAAGUGCAGAACAGACAGUAUGCCCUGAGAGAGAGAGGAGGAUUCAGGGCAGGCUGCUCAUAAGGAUGAGACAGCAAACAGUGGCACUAGGGAGACUUUUAAAAACAAUUUUAAUAGUUAGAUUUCAGCUCUUUUGAGUGGUUUCAAGUCUGCUGUGGAGGAAGGGGGUAGGGGGAAGGUGGGCAUAGCCCGAGAGGCAACAGACUCCAGAACAUUCCAGACACAGUCCUUCAGAGGCUGGCUAGUAUUAAGGAAAGUGGUUAGGUUUGUGAGGUGAAACAGUGGAUGCUUGUGGCUUUUCCGCAGUGUGUGCAGUCAGGCCAGCUUGACUUGGAGGAAAGCCAUUCAACACAAAAAUGGCACCACAGUUACCCUGGAGGUAACUGUGAAGCACAGGGUUUGAGCCACCUCCAUCAUCCUCAGGGCACUGUGUGUUUCACGAUACUCUGUGGCACUGCUUUCUUUUCUUUUCUUUUCUUUUUUUUUUGGACGGAGUCUCGCUCUGUCGUCCAGGCUGGAGUGCAGUGGUGCGAUCUCGGCUCACUGCAAGCUCCGCCUCCCGGGUUCUCGCCAUUCUCCUGCCUCAGCCUCCCGAGUAGCUGGGAUUACAGGCGCCCGCCACCGCGCCCAGCUAAUUUCUUUUUGUAUUUUUAGUAGAGACGAGGUUUCACUGUGUUAGCCAGGGAUGGUCUCAAUCUCCUGACCUUGUGAUCCGCCCGCCUCGGCCUCCCAAAAUGCUGGGAUUACAGGCGUGAGCCACCUCGCCCGGCCGAGAGACUCCUUUUAUGGGAAUCUUACAUGAUUAUUCAUAAGGGGCUGGGAAGAGGUGUUACUAGUAAGCACAUUCUGGGUGGUCUUCUGGGUGCACAUGCACAGUAGCUGCCCAUUCUUGUUCAUACGUCACAUCUCAUUAGCAUCUUAAAUCUCCACCCAGGGAUGUGGUUUUUACUAUUAUAAUGAGCAAAGGGUCAAUCUGAAGACAGGUAAAAUAAAAAUACGCGUGCUCCCUACAGGGGAAAUUCCCUACUGGAGAGAGCUUUGCUUGAAUGAGCUUGACUACAAUGCGAAUGCUGAGGCUUAUUGUGUUGACUGUACGAUUGCCAAGUCUCCAGGACAUGGUUACUUCCUUGGCUACCUAUCCUGUCUCAUGGUCCUCAGUCACUUCACACCCAUGAUGUAUGCUAACACCCUUCGGUUAUCUGUUUAGAAGGGAUAAUUAUUAUUAUUAUUAUUUUUGAGACAGAGUCUCGCUCUGUUGCCAGGCUGGAGUGCAGUGGCACGAUCUCAGCUCCCUGCAACCUCUGCCUUCUGUGUUCAAGCAAUUCUCCUGCCUCAGCCUCCCGAGUAGCUGGAACUAUAGGCAUGUGCCACCAUACCCAGCUAAUUUUUGUAUUUUUAGUAGACGAGGUUUCACCAUGUUGGCCAGGAUGGUGUCGAUCUCCUGACCUCGUGAUCCACUCGCCUCGGCCUCCCAAAGUGCGGGGAUUACAGGCAUGAGCCACCGCGCCCAGUCUAGAAGUUAUAAUUUUAACUUUCCCUGAAGAACACUCAUAAACAUAAGUUAAGGAUUGCAAUGUUUUGUUCAUGAACAAAUCUUCCAGACUGUGAGAAUUAAGCAAGAUAAACUGAAAAUAAUAAUAAUGCGAUACAGAUUUUCCUAACUACAGAAAAUUGAGGAAACAUACUACAAAAUGUGGAAUGAUUGACCUUUAAUUCUACCUGGGCUGGAGGUUCAAGAAAUGGACAGAAGGGGUCACUACAUGCACAGGAAAGAAUUUCCUAAUUUUACUAGUAGAGCUGAUGUUGAAGGAGAAAUAUGUGCUGUAACAAGAGAACUUCAAAGUAGGAUGAAUGAAGGAAAUCUUACCCCCCUAAUAAUAUGGAAUUUAUGCAGAAUCAAUUUUUACUUCAGAAGGUCAGUAAAUUCUGCUUUCAUCCAAUGUCUUUACAUGUAGAAUUAUUUUUCAUUAUCAUUGUUCUUACCUUUUGUAGUGAUUACUCUGUUGUUUAUCAAGUAAAUGAUAACCCGUUACCAUCAGCAUCACUUUUCUUGUGAUAUAUAGCUAACUUUCAGUGAUGUACAAAAAUAUUUAUCAACUAUAGCUUUCAUAUUUUUGCAUUCUUGGGGUAUUUUGUUACAUGUGUAACAACUCUUGAGAUUCCACACAUAACAAUACAUUCUUAGGAUUAUUACUUUGCCAUUGGUAGUCACUGGGUUUGUCCACUUCCUGUAUGGUGUUAUUUGCAAAUGAAAUACACACAUACUACAUUUUUAUAUGUGGUAGGUCCAACAACCUAUCAACUGAUUAUUUUACAGGUGAAGAAAUACACAUUUAGUCUGUCUUUUAUAGUUAUAAUAUUCUUUAAUAGUCAUCUUUGUUUUCUCCUGUUUUUUGCCAUCAUUUGAUGUCAGACUGAAGAACUUUCUUUGGUCUUUCUUGUAGGGCUUGUGCUGGAAAUAAGUUCUCUUAGUAUGUAUGCUUAAACCUGGGAAAGUCUUGUUUUGACUUCUGAUUUGAAUGUGAGCUUUGGUGGAUAUAGAAAUGUUCUAUUAUAUAUGUUUCAGAGCAGAGGAAUAGCAUCUAACUAAAAGCAAAUAUGUCUAUUUCACCCAAACACUUAUCAUUACACUAGUUUAUAUAAGUUAAUGUCAAAAAACAAUGAGCAAUAAAUAGGAAUAGGAUGGAAGAAGGAAAUAUUGUGAUUGAAGAUGAAACCGUUGUUUGGGAAAGUAAAGACAAAACAACUGGAAAAAAAUUUUAAGCUGGGGAAGGAGGCAAUUUGCUGUUUAUGGAGCAAACAUACUAUUGAAUUAAAAUCACAUUUCUUGAAAAUGUAUAUUAAUUUCUAAGAAUAGCAGUAAUACCGUAUGCCGUAUCUGUGGAAAGGUAUGAGUAUUUCCUGAUGAAAUGACCUGAGUGUCACCUCUAUAGAUUUAUAUAUAACUUUGAUGGAUUGAAGGUUCCUCAUCCCAAUCCUCACUGUAGAGAAAUGGUUUAAAUAUAAGUAAUUCAGGAAUCUGAUCCAAAUUAACUCGUGUAUAAUAUUCCAGAAAAAUUCACAACAUCAAAGAAAUGUUAUGAAAUUUAUACUUUUUUUUCUGUCAGAGGGCCUCACUGUGUCACCCAGGCUGGAGUGCAGUGGUGUGAUCUCACCUCAUUGCAGCCUUGACUUAGUGGACUCCAGAAAGCCUCUUGCCUCAGCCUCCCAAAUAGCAGGGACUACAGGCAUAGGCCAUCACACCUGACUCAUUUUUUAAUUUUAAUUUUUUUUUUUUUGGUAGAGACAGGGUCUCACUAUGUUGUCCAGUCCAGGCUGCCUCAAACUCCUGGGCUCAAGCAAUCCUCCCAACUCAGCCUCCCAAAGUGCUGGGAUUAUAGGCCAUUGCUCCCAGCUUAUUUUUUAUUUAUUAUUAUUAUUAUUAUUAUUAUUUUGAGACAGAGUCUCACUCUUUUGCCCAGGCUGGAGUGCAGUGGCGCUAUCUCGGCUCACUGCAAGCUCCGCCUCCCGGAUUCACUCCAUUCUCCUGGCUCAGCCUCCCGAGUAGCUGGGACUACAGGCGCCCGCCAUCGCGCCCGAUUGAGGUUUUGUAUUUUUAAUAGAGACAGGGUUUCACCGUGUUAGCCAGGAUGGUCUCGAUCUCCUGACCUCGUGAUCCGCCCACCUCGGCCUCCCAAAGUGCUGGGAUUACACGCGUAAGCCACCGCGCCCGGCCUAUUUUUUAUUUUUUUUAGUCAUGGUUUAGCUUGAUCACCCAGGCUGUUCUAAAACUCCUGGGCUCAAAAGAUCCUUCCCGCCUCAGCCUCCCUCUGGGGUAGCUGGGACCACACGUACUUGCCAACUCACCCAGCCUUUUAUUAUCAGUGCCUAAUGCUUAAGGAGGAUGUGGGCUACCUUUUACUUUCAGAUAAAAAACAUUGAGGUGAGAUAAUUCUGUUAAUUUUUUUUAACACAAAGGUUCAUAACUUGAAUAGGUACUGUUUCUUGCCUAAAUCAUUUAAUUAAAAAAUUUCGUUUUCAUUUUGUAGUCUCUUGGAUCUUGGAGUUGAUUGAAAUGUAUUUUUAAUAGCCAAGUAGAUUCACUUUUAUAUGGUUUUAAAAUUGUUGGGUAUAUAAGGGGCAUUUGAAACAUUAGAUUUUUGUAUUUGCUGUGACUUUCCUACUGGCCAGUGUGCCAGGUACCGGAUAUCCUCCGGGAACUGCAGGCAGGCCCGUCUCUCUUUCACGGGUGAGAGCCGCAGCCGACUCUUGGCGGAAGCGGAAACCCUUUCCUCCAUCACGUUUCGCCCAUUCCAGGCCAGAAGCAGGACCCGCUCCUUGCUGCUCGCCUGUGAGCAUAUUUCGUCGAAUCCCGGCUGGGCGGCUUGGUCGCAGUGUGCCUGUGCUGGGCCGGCAGCGCGUUCAUCGCCCACAGCCGCUCCAGUUCUUGCGAGUGGUUGUCCUGCACGCCAGGAGCCGUGGGCCGGGCCAUCAGGCCAUACAAGUGCUGCGAAAGCGGCCUCGCCUUCGGCUGCAUCAUCUCGGGGAUGUUUCACUUGUCUCUUCUCCCAGUUCCAGCCCCAGCCUCUCGAACUCACCGGGUCUCCACAGCACACUCUGAUCAAUAUCCCACAGGUGAGGAAUAUGAAAUACUCUUUAUAAAGUGGAAGCUAGUAAGUCGUUCUUUUCAAACUUUCACAAGAAACUACAGAUCUUUUUAAAAGAUUCUGAUUCAGCAGGUCAUUGGGGAAGGCCUGAUCCUCUGCAUUUCUGACUCGGUCCCCAGUGUCGUCUAUGCUGCUGGUCCGCGGACCGCAGUUAGAGUGCUGAGGUAGUAAUAGACCUGGUUAGGCAGGCAGGCAAGGGACUGAUCCCAUGGAGCCUGGUGGGCCGUAUUAAGGACUUUUAUUGGAUUUCGAGCAGAGAAGCGAUGUUUGGGUUGUGUUUUAAGAAGCUACAGAACAAGUUCUGCCAAAGUGGAAGCAAAGACAGGUUACCCACUCCUCUUUUGCCUCCUCGCCUCUUGCCUCGUCGCGGGUGAGCUAUGACUAUCUGGGGCAGUGGUGCGCCGGGGGUAAAAGUAUUUACCAAGACAAUUGUAGGUAAAGGAAGGCAGGUUUAUCAGAGAAAGUAUGAAAAUUCGUUGCGAGGCAGCAACAGGCAGGUCAGCAGAAGAGAAGCUGAAUGCAGGGAAACAGGCUUGCUGAGGAUUUUAUGGACUGGAACUUUGGCUGAUUGAUAACGCCAAGGCAGCAGGGAGCUAAUUUGCAUUUUUCUGGCCGCUGUGGUGUUUGAUAAAUUGAAGCGUUUGUUGAUAAGCAGGAAGUUUGAGUUAUGUAUGUUAUCUGAGCAGGAGGGCCAUAUGUCCUGGGCCAUAAAGAAAGCAGACCUAUAACUUAUCUGCCUCUUUUUGUUUAUAUGUCCUGGACCAUGAAGAAAGGCAGAUUUGUAGCUUAUUUACUUUAUCUCUCUGCUUUCUGCGGCUCUCGCCAGCCUGAUUUUUUUCUCCCCUAAUUAGGACUCUGCGUGCCUGAUUGCUUUUCUCUGCCUUCCUUACUUGCAACUCCCAAGGUCAUGUGUCCGUGAGAGUGGACCUAACUCAGCCGCUAACUCAGCCUCGAGCUACACAAAAAAGGGACUGGACUGGGCUAAGGCUUCAAAAAGGGUGGGCCUUGGGUAAGGUGUUCCAGCUGGUCCAGCACCCUCCUGUCCCAUUUCCCAGGCCCUGGCAGUCCAGAAUUGAGUAAAACAUACUGAGAUAACCCUCCACUGGUGAACCUGGAGGAAGAUCCAUCCUGUAGGAGGCGAGAGCCUGGGAAAGGACAUCACUAUGGAGGGAACUGAAGUUGGGGUGGAGGUCGGUGGAUGGGGUAUUGGAAGUGGCUUGAGACCAGGAGAUGAGUUUAAAGUCCUCAGGUGCCUGUGGGUAAAGUUCUGACAAAGGAACCAGGAAGAAAUAAGAGUCAGAUGAUGAAAAGGAUCAGGACUGGGGGAAAAAACAAGGACCCAACCUGGUGAUCGGGAUUAAACAAUUAUUCUGGGCAGGCAAGGGCAAGAAAUAGAUAAUAAUCUGGAAAAAGAAAUCGCUGGUGUAGGAGGGAUAUCAGCUGAGAAGAGUUGGUCCAAGGCUCUUGGUCUACACUCCACAUCCUGUGGGGUGCACCUGGUGGGCAACUAGGAGAGAAGAAGGGCCCGACGUCCAGUAAGGGAAUCAGAAUGUGAAUGCAGUAUUGCUGUGGGGAAGGAUCACAGGCCACCUGGAGCCACCUAAGUGAAAACAAGGGUCAGUGCCUGGGGAUGGAAGGAUCUGAAUGGAAACUCACUUAAGGCCAGGUGGGGUGACCUGAGUAGCAAACAGGUAAAAGUUGGGUAGGAGGACCUGAUUUGGAUGGGGCUGCUCACUGUGAUGUCUAUGAAGCUAUCAUUCCAGCUGCUGUCCACCUAGGAGCUGUUGGUCAGUACAGUCAGCUGCGUGUUCCCAUCUUGUGUAUGAGGGCAGUAGUGAGGGCUGCACUUCAUGCCUGCCUUGAUCACUGGCGGGAGACAGAGGACAUGGAAGUAUGGGCUGUUUGGGGGGAUGGUGCCUAUGAGGAAGCUCUGAUCCCAAAUCUAGAGAAUGGGAGGGUGGGAUGUAUCAUGGAGGGUCAGGCCGGGGGUCUGGAGGAUAUCAUGUCCUAAAUGCAGGUGUUCUCUGGGUCUCAGGUCCCUGCUACCAGCCCAGCCUGGUGAGGCUCCAGAUGAGUCAAUAACCCUGGCUCAGGAGAGCUGGUGUGGGAUCUGUUAGGCCAAGGGGUCUGGCUUCCUUACUACCUCCCACUUCUACCUCUGUAGAAAUGUCUGUCUCCAGCAUCAUGUCAAAGCAACUGAUGACUUCCCUACCCCAGGCAUCACUGAGCUAAAUUGGGUGGCAGGAAGGUGAUCACCACCUAAGUACUAUCUUUUUUUUUUUUUUUUUUUUUUUUUUGAGACACAGUCUCGCUGUGUCGCCCAGGCUGGAGUGCAGUGGCUCCAUCUUGGCUCACUGCAAGCUCCACCUCCCAGGUUCACGCCAUUCUCCUGCCUCAGCCUCCCGAGUAGCUGGGACUAUAGGCGCCCGCCACCAUGCCUGGCUAAUUUUUUGUAUUUUUAGUAGAGACGAGGUUUCACCAUGUUAGCCAGGAUGGUCUUGAUCUCCUGACCUCGUGAUCCACCUGCCUCGGCCUCUCAAAGUGCUGGGAUUACAGGUGUGAGCCACUGUGCCUGGCCCACCCAAGUAGUAUCUUAUCCCUUCUCUCCUUUUCAUCCCAGCCUGUGCCCACUGAUUGCUUGGUUACCGGUCCCGUUAUCCACUGCAGCUCCUGGUACUUCUCUUCUGGGUACAGCUGAACCACCUGGGAAGAGCAAGCUAAGAAGUUCUGGUGCCCCCCUUGCAGCAAGGCUAUCAGUGGGCACAAGAGGAUGGGGGGAUGGGCUGGAGUAAGCCCUACCCAGAGCAGGAGGGAGCCCCACACAGUUCUCCCUCAGCUGUUAACUUCCCAGAGACCCACCUCACAGUCAAGAGCACCAACGGGCACUCCUCCCUCCACUCCCCUUGCUGGGGCACCAGUUUCUUUCCACCCCAGGUGUUGUUCACUAUCCCCGUUAUUUCAAUUCUCAUGGCUCACAGGAAGAAAUAGGUAUAUUGUACUGAGAUUUUUCUAAAUGACAUAAAAAUAUGUAUUCGUGAAACAAUCUUUUCAAGAUAAGGAUCCCAUCCAUCAGACUCAAACAUUACCCGCUGGUCCUUGGUAAUCUUGCCCCACCCUACUGCUUCCUCUCUCUCAGCCACCCCUGAUGGAAUCCUGCAGUUUGUACUGUUCUGUGUCAGGCAUCUUUCACUCAGCAUAACUGAGCUUCAUCCAAUAGUUCUUUAUUGUACAUGAAUAAUAUUCCAUCUUCAGAGGAAGCAAAAUUUGUUUCUCCAGCUGUUGAUGGAUAUUUGGGUUAAUUUCAGUUUUUGGCUAUUAAGAAUUAAACAUAUGAAUAUUCACAUACCAGUGUUUGUAAGAACAUAUGAUAUUUCUUUUUUGUUUGUUUGAGACAGCCUCGCUCUGUCACCAGGCUGGAGUGUAGUGGCGCAAUCUUGGCUCACUGCAACCUCCGCCUCCCAGGUUCAAGCCAUUCUCCUGCUUCAGCCUUCUGAGUAGUUGGGACUACAGGUGCGUGCCACCACGCCCAGCUAAUUUUUGUAUUUUUAGUAGAGGCAGAGUUUCACUAUGUUGGCCAGGCUGGCCUUGAUCUCUUGAACCUCGUGAUCCGCCCACCUCAGCCUCCUAAAGUGCUGGGAUUACAGGCAUGAGCCACUGUGCCCAGCUGAUUAUUUCUUUAGAAGAAAUAAUCUACCUAGGAGUAAAAUGGCUGGGUGUUGUGACAGGUGUAUGUUUAACUUCUUAGGAAACUUCCAAACUGUUUUCCAAGUGGCUGUUCCAUUUUGUAUUCCCACCAACAUCAUAUGAGUUCCAGUUGCUUCGCAUUGUCACCAACAUUUGAUAUGGCCAAUCUUACUAAUUUUAGACUCCCAAAUAUGUGUAGUGGUAUUAGAAUUGUGGCUUAAAGCCAGGCACAGUGGCUCACGCCUGUAAUCCCAGCACUUUGGGAGGCCAAGGUGGGCGGAUCACGAGGUCAGGAGAUCGAGACCAUCCUGGCUAACACGGUGAAACCCCAUCUCUAUCUACUAAAAAUACAAACACUUAGCCAGGUGUGGUGGUGGGCGCCUGUUGUCCCAGCUACUCCGGAGGCUGAGGCAGGAGAAUGGUGUGAACCUGGGAGGCGGAGCUUGCAGUGAGCCAAGAUAGUGCCACUGCACUCCAGCCUGGGCGACAGAUCGAGACUCCACCUCAAAAAAAAAAAAUUGUGGCUUAAAUUUGUGUUUACUUAAUGAAUGAUGAUGUUGAAUGAUAUUUCAUGUUUUUAUUUGUCACUGAAAAAUAUUCUAUGGUCAAGUAUUAAUGACAUUGAUUGUUUUCAGAUUAUUAGUUUUUGAGAGUUCUUUAUAUAUUCUGGAUAUAAUUGCUGCAUCAGAUUAUGGUUUGUAAGUAUUUUCUCCCAUCUACGGCUAUUCUUUAAAAAUCCUUAGCAGUCUCUAGGCCGGGAGUGGUGGCUCAUGCCUGUAAUCCCAGCACUUUGGGAGGCCAAGGCGGGCAGAUCACUUGAGGUCGGGAGUUCAAGACCAGCCUGACCAACAUGGAGAAACCCCAUCUCUACUAAAAACACAAAAUUAGCCAGGCAUGGUGGCACAUGCCUGUAAUCCCAGCUACUCGGGAGGCUGAGGUAGGAGAAUCGCUUGAAGCUGAGAGGCGGAGGUUGCGGUGAGCUGAGAUUGCGCCAUUGCACUCCAGCCUGGGCAACAAGAGCGAAACUCCGUCUCAAAAAAAAAAAAAAAAAAAAUCCUUAGCAGUCUUAUGCCUAUAAUUCCAGUACUUUGGGAGGCCAAGGCGGGCAGAUCACUUGAGGUCAGGAGUUCGAGACCAGCCUGGCCAACAUGGUGAAACCCCAUCUCUACUAAAAAUACAAAAAUUAACCAGGCAUGAUGUUGCGUGCCUGUACUCCCAGCUACUUGGGAGGCUGUGGCGGGAGAAUUACUUGAACCUGGGAGGUGGAGGUUGCAGUGAGCCGAGAUCAUGACACUGUACUCCAGCCUGGGUGACAGAGCGAGACUCUGUCUCAAAAAAAAAAAAAAAAAAAAAAAAAAAAAAAAAAUUCCUUAACUGUAUCCUUCACAAAGCAAAUUUUUAUUUUAAUGAAGUUUAAUUUCUCAAUUUUUAAUGGAUUCUGCAUCUUUGUCAUAUGUAUGCAAUUGUAACAUAACCCAAGGUCAAAUAAUUUCACCUACAUUUUCUUUACAUUUUAUAGUUUAGAUUAUACAUUCAGUUUUGUGAUCCAUUUUGAGUUAAUGUUUGUAUAUAGUGCAAGACACAGAUCUACAGUCUUUACUUUUUGCAUAUGCAUAUUCUAUUUUUUAGCAUUAUUUGUUGAGAAGAGAAAUUUUGACUCAAUUGUUCACUUUGAUUAAAAAAAACUACUGGACCACAUAUGUGUAGAAAUGUUACUGGAACAUUUAUUCUGUUCCAUGGAUAUAUUUGUCUACUUGCCAAAGACAUUGUCUUGAUUAGGAUUGCUAAAUUUUCUUUGUUUUUUUUUUUCAGAAUUAUUUGGCUAUUUGUUUGGUUAUUUCAGGUACUUUUCACCUUUUUUUUUUUUUUUUUUUUUGAGAUGGAGUUUCACUCUUGUUGCCCAGGCUGGACAACAACGCAAUCUCGGCUCACCGCAACCUCUGCCUCCCGGGUUCAAGUGAUUCUCCUGCCUCAGCAUCCCAAGUAGCUGGGAUUAUAGGCAUGCGCCACCAUGCCCAGCUAAUUUUGUGUUUUUAGUAGAGAUGGAGUUUCUCCACGUUGGUCAGGCUGGUCUCGAACUCCCGACCUCAGGUGAUCCUCCUGCCUCGGCCUCCCAAAGUGCUUGGGAUUACAGGCAUGAGCCACCACGCCCGGCCUUCAUCAUAAUUUUAUAACUUCAUAAUACAUUGUUCUUUUUCUUUUUUAAAAGAUUCAAUGAUUUUUUUUUAAGCAAUAAAAAGUAGUAAAAAACCCUUUGUGUUUACUGAAGUGGUUAUCAUUUCUGGUGCUCUUCUUUCUUUCCGGAUUUCCACUUGGCUUCAUUUUUCUUUGCACCCAUGCAGUUUAGGGAUGUCUCUUAUGGAGCAAGUAUGCUGAUUACAAACACUUUCACUAUGGCUGAAUUAAUAAUUUAUUUUCCCUUCAUUUGGAAAGAUAUUGUUUGCUGGAUAUAGGAUUCUCAGUUGAUAUACUUGUUCUUUCAUUACUUUAAGGUAGUUGUUCUAUGGUCUCCUGAUCUGCGCUGUUGCUGGUAAUAAGUAUGUAAUGAAUCCUAUCUUUGGUUCAGUGUAGUUAAGGUGUCUUUUUCCUGUUGCCUUAAAGCUAUUUUAAUUGUUCUUGCUGUGAAGUAAUUUACUGAUUAUGUGCUUGGUGUAGAUUUAUAUACAUAUAUGCUCAUGGUUUGUUGAACUUUUUUGAUCUCUGGGUUUAUAAUUUUCAUCCAGUUUGGCAAAUGUGAAACCAGUAUUUGUUGAAAUAUAUUUUGUCAUGCUCUUUCCUCUGCCAAAGAGUCUUGUUAUUUGCAUAUUAUGUCACUUGUAAUUUUCCCACUACACAGCUCACUGAUUUUCUGUUUUUUGUUGUUGUUUUUUUUUUUUUGCUGGGUGCUUCAUUUGGGAUAGUUUCUACUGCUAGGUCACAAGGUUCACUCGUCUUCUUCUCUGCAGUAUCUGAUUUGCUGUUUAUUCCACUCAGUGUAAUUUGUUAUCCCAGAUGUUGUUUUCAUGCCUAGUAGCUUGAAUCAUGUUUUUUUCUUUAGUUUUUAGAUUGUUUGGAGGUAAAAUAUACUAACAGAGAAUUUGCCAUUUCGAUCAUUUUUAAAAUGUGCCAUUUAGUUGUAGUAAAUAAAUUUACGAUGUGGUGUAACCAACGCAGCUAUUGAUCUCUAGCAUUCUCUCAUCACUCUAAACAGAAAUUGGGUACUCAUUAAACAAGUCCCCAGUCUCCCUUCCCCCCAGCUCCUGAUAAUGUCUAUCCUACUUUCUCUAUGAAUUUGGCUAUUCUAGGCACCUCAUAUAACUGGAAGGAUACAAUAUUUGUCCUUGUGCUGGGCAUGGUGGUUUAUGCCUGUAAUCCCAGCACUUUGGGAGGCUGAGGCAGGCAGAUCACGAGGUCAGGAGUUCGAGACCAGCCUGACCAACAUGGUGAAACCCCGUCUCUACUAAAAAUACAAAAAUUAGCCGGGUAUGGUGGUGUGCACCUGUAAUCCCAGCUACUCAGGAGGCUGAGGCAGGAGAAUCGCUUGAACCUGGGAGGCAGAGAUUGCAGUGAGCCAAGAUCACACCACUGCACUCCAGCCUGGAUGACAGAGUGAGACUCUGUCUCAAAACAAAACAAAACAAAAAAUUUGUCCUUGUGUGUCUGGCUUAUUUCACUUAGCAUAAUGCUUUCCAGGUUCAUUCGGGUUGUAUCAUGUAUGAGGAAUUCAUUGCUUUUUCUGUCUGAAUGAUACUUCAUUGUAUGGAGAAACCACACUUUGUGUGUCUACUCUGAACACUUUUCUUUUUUUGUAAAGAUUUAAAAAAUAUAUUUAAAAAAUAGUUUGAGAGUAAUUGAAUUAAAUCAUUGACUGGAAGAGUUGUUUCUACAGUAAUAUUUUGGCUACUGUGAAUUAAGAUGGCUAUGAAAUUGGUAUGCAUGUGUCUGUGUAAGACCCUGCUUUUACUUCUUUUGGGUAUAUACCUAGAAGUGGAAUUGCUGGUGUAAAGAGUAAUGGAUGUUUCCCUUUUCUUUUUUCUUUUUUUUGAGACGGAGUCUUGCUCUGUCACCCAGGCCUGGAGUGCAGUGGUGCGAUCUUGGCUCACUGCAAGCUCCGCCUCCCGGGUUCACGCCAUUCUCCUGCUUCAGCUUCCCGAGUAGCUGGGACUACAGGCGCCCGCCACCAGGCCUGGCUAAUUUUUUGUAUUUUUAGUAGAGACGGGGUUUCACCGUGUUAGCCAGGAUGGUCUCGAUCUCCUGACCUUGUGAUCCGCCCACCUCGGCCUCCCAAAGUGCUGGGAUUACAGGCUUGAGCCACCUUGCCCAGCCUGAUUUUGUUUUGUUGUGGAGUUGUAGGAGUUGAUAUGUUCUGGGUACUAAUCCCUUGUGAGAUAGGUGAUAGGAACAUGUGUUCUCUCAUUCUGUAGGUUGUGUUUUUAUUCUGUUGAGAGCAUCCUUUGGUGCACAGAAGUUUUCAAUUUUGAUAUAGUCCAGUUUAUCUAUUUUGGUUGCCUGUGCUUCAGGCAACCAAAGCACAUAUCUGAGAAAUCCAAUAUCAUGAAAUUUCCCCCAAUAUUUCCUUUUCUUUCUUAUAGACGGAGUCUUGCUCUGUUGCCAGGCUGGAGUGUAGUGGCGUGAUCCUGGCUCACUGCAACCUCUGCCUCCUGGGUUCAAGUGAUUCUCAUGCCUCAGCCUCCCGAGUAGCUGGUAUUACAGGCAUGCGCCACCACGCCCAGCUAAUUUUUGUAUUUUUAGUAGAGACAGGGUUUCACCAUGUUAGCCAGGUUGGUCUCGAACUCCUGACCUCAUGAUCCACCCGCCUCAGCCUCCCAAAGUGCUGGGAUUACAGGCAUGAGCCGCUGUGCCUGUCCUUUUUUUGUUUUUGUUUUUGAGAUGGAGUUUCGUUCUUGCUGCCCAGGCUAGAGUGCAAUGGCGUGAUCUCGGCUCAUGGCAACCUCUGCCUCCCGGGUUCAAGUGAUUCUCCUGCCUCAGCCUCCCGAGUAGCUGGGAUUACAGGCAUGCACCACCACGCCCAGCUAAUUUAUUUUGUAUUUUUAGUAGAGACAGGGUUUCUCCAUGUUGGUCUGGUUGGUCUCAAACUCCCGACCUCAGGUGAUCCACCCACCUCGACCUCCCAAAGUGCUGGGAUUACAGGGGUGAGCCACCGCACCUGACCUUCCUUUUCAAUUUUUAAAAUGUUUGCUUCAUAUAUUUUGGGCCUCUGUUAUUUAGUGCAAUUAUAUUUAUAACUGUUAUAUAUUCUGUAUGAUUUGAGCCUUUUAUAGUGCUCUUCUUUGUGUCUUUUAAGUUUUUGACUUAGUCUAUUUUGUGUGACAAUUGUAUAGCCACCCCUGCUCUCUUUACAUUACUAUUUGCAUGGAAUAUCUUUUUCUUUCAUUCUCUUUCAACUGACUUGGGUAUUGAGAUCUACAAUGAAUGUGCUGUAGACAGGAUACAAUUUGAUCAUAUUUUAAAAAUUCAUUCUCCCUGCCUCUGUCUUUUGUUUGGCAAGUUUAUUCCAUUUAAUUACCAAUAACAAAGGCAUUACGUCUGCCAUUGUACGGUUCGUGUUCUGUAUGACUAAUAGCUUUGUUUUUCAUAAAAAUACGAGGAAUUCCUUAUGUUUUCAAAAUCAGUGUCUAGUUUCUUGGCUUUUGAUUGGAAACUUUUAUUAACACUUAAAGGAGGGAGCAUAGCCACACUCUGCAGAGGGGACAAGAGGGCAAGUUGAACUCCCAGAGCUGAAUCCUUAUGUGUCUUGCCUCAUCACCAUGACUUGGUAAUGAGGCAGGGACACUCUGGGGACCCAUUUCUUUUUCUUAUCUUUUUUCUUUUUUGAGACAGAGUUUUGCUCUUUCACCCAGGCUGGAGUGAAGUGGCACGAUCUUGGCUCACUGCAACCUCUGUCCACUCCCCCCCUCACCCCACCCCGGGUUCAAGCGAUUCUCCUGCCUCAGCCCCCUGAGUAGCUGGGAUUACAGGCGCCCACCACCAUGCCUGGCUAAUUUUUGUAUUUUUAGUAGAGACGGGGUUUCACCGUAUUGGCAAGGUUGGUCUCGAACUCCUGACCUCAGGUGAUCCAUCCGCAUUGGCCUCCCAAAAUGCUGGGAUUACAGGUGUGAGCCACCGCGCCCGGCCUCUGGGGACCUAUUUCAACGGUCUGGCACCCAUGGUUGGGAAUAUGUUUAACCUCUAAAUUGGGGUUUUCCUGUUGAACUGUGUCUGAAAGACUGCUUCUCUGAGCUAGCUCAUGUUUUUGCUUUUUCUCUCUAUUGAUUCCUUUAUAGAAUAUUGCUGUCAUAUAAGUCCAGCUUUUCCGUGAAUUUAACAGUUUUAUCCUGUUGUCGAUGUGUAUUUAUUUUCUUGAAAAUAAGCAGAUUGAGACAUCAGAUGGGAGAAAGGCUUGACUAUGUCGCCAGCAGCCUCAUGCCAAAUUCCUGAUCCCUGGAGGACAGAGCCCCCCUCCUGCUCCAAGGCCAGGAGAUGGCACCACUGGACAGUGAGUCUGGGAUUCCUAGCACACACUUGUGAUUGCUGGUCCAGGAAAAAGAAGCAGGAAGGGCCAUUAGUACAAUCAAUCAGGAAAUUCUGCUUAAGUGCACAUUUCUCCCCAGGAGAGUCGGGUCACUGCACUGGGAGGAAGCCCGCUUGCCAAGGGCUGUGUCUGGAACCUAUUCAUCGCGCUCCACUCAGCACGCUGACAGACACCCACAGACGUGUCUGUAGCAUCCUCUGUCACACUGGGACCCGUACUGGCAGCAGGAGCCGUAGGGAGGACUGGGACACCUGGAAGCCAGGAAUUGGUGAGUGUGCGGGGCUGAGGGUCCCGAGACUAGGAUGGGACUGGUUGGAACCGGCAGGAAUAGACCGUGGCGGGACCCGGGCCUCUUCGUAGGUGACUCUGGGUUCUGAGACCCAAGUCCCCCUGGCGCAGCUCGGCCCUGGUUCCUCUUAGGCCGCAGGGUGGGGCUGCGACGCAGCCGGGACCCCUAGCCGUCCGGUCCAGUCCCUGCACAACUGACUGCGGCCCCAGGCCCAGCGCCCUCUCUGGUCAGCUCCGCGCCCGCUGCCCCAGUCACGCCCGCUGCCUCCGUGUCUCCCCAGAUUGUACGGGGGCCACUAGAGGGUCAUGGGGGAAAUCCUGCCUCGAGUAUGGGGUUCGUGUGAGAGGAGCUGUAGGCUGUGGGGUCCCCAGUUCCCUCUUUCUCACCAGGGGCUUUUGUAUUUUAUCUGAGUUUCCCAAAUAUACGCGAAGCAGGGUCUCAAAUCCGCAACUGUGGUCCCUAGGCUACCUUCUCCUAAGGCUGGCAGCAAAUUUGGGAUUUCCUGAUCCCUUUCCGCAUUUUAUAACACGGAUUUCCUUUAGUUCACAACAGUAUCACUUCUUCGUCCUCCAGGCUAUGUUUCAAACACAGGCAGAGAUGCUCCUCACUUCCUAGAUGGGAUGGCGCCGGGAAGAGGCACUCCUCACUUCCCGGACUGGGCAGCAGGGCAGAGGGGCUCCUCACAUCCCAGAUGAUGGGCGGCCAGGCAGAGACGCUCCUCAAUUCCCAGAUGGGGUGGCGGCCGGGCAGAGGCUGCAAUCUCGGCACUUUGGGAGGCCAAGGCAGGCGGCUGGGAGGUGGAGGUUGUAGCGAGCCGAGGUCACGCCACUGCACUCCAGCCUGGGCAAGAUUGAGCACUGUGUGAGCGAGACUCCGUCUGCAAUCCCGGCACCUCGGGAGGCCGAGGCGGGCAGAUCAUUCGCGGUCAGGAGCUGGAGACCAGCUGGGCCAACACGGCAAAACCCCGUCUCCACCAAAAAAUACAAAAACCAGUCAGGCGUGGCGGCGCACGCCUGCAAUCCCAGGCACUGGGCAGGCUGAGGCAGGAGAAUGAGGCAGGGAGGUUGCAGUGAGCCGAGAUGGCGGCAGUACAGUCCAGCCUCGGCUCGGCAUCAGAGGGAGACCGUGGAAAGUGGGAGACGAGGGAGAGGCUCAGCAUCAGAGGGAGACCGUGGAAAGUGGGAGAUGAGGGAGAGCAACUUCAGUUUUUUAAUAACUGUAAAAUGCACUAUUAGAGAUGGAUGGAGAAGUUAAAGUAUUUCCAAACAUGCCAGAAGAAGGUAGGUUUUGGUAGGUUUUAGGAAAAAAAAAUCUAGUCUUGUAUUCCCUUAUAAAAAUUCUUAUUUUUCUUCCCAGAGCCUGGGUAGUAAGUUUCUCAGCUCCUUUUUCUAUUGGGUGAUUUCAAAUGGAAUUCUAGGCCUUAGCAUGAAAAUAUUACCAGGGAAAAGAAAUAGGGAAAAAAACCUGUCUUCCAUUUUGGUUACAGAAAAAAUGAGUUGUUUUCAAAAGAAAGUGUGGUGGAUUAUACUGGUGAAUUACAAAGAUGUUCCAUAACCUCAGUUCUUCUCCUUCUUAGGUUGAAGAAUUUGUGACUGUGGAUAAGUUCGUUUCCUGUUAUGUGAACUUGGCAGAUUAAUGCUAAAUCCUGUGGGACAGCAUUUAGCAACACCUAAAAAAGUACUCAAUUAUGAUUUUUUGUGUACUAAAUGAUUAUGGAAAUACUAAUUCUGUGUGGAAAGAACACACUCAAACUCAAAGGGCUUUUUCUAUGCUUUCAAUAACAACAAUCAACACAGAAGACUUUUGUGACCAAAAGCGUGGGUUUUCUCCCUACCAAAAGGCAAGCAGUGUAUCCUGCAGUGGACAGCAACUGGGUCUCUUCCAAUUCAGUUUUGACAUUCUCUACCCUGGAGAUAGUUUCAGAGCCCAUAGGUUGAUAGCUUAGUCCCCACAUCCCUCCCUCCCUUCCCGCCACUCCCUACCAUUCAGGUAUCAGUGGUAAGUCUGGACCAAUUAUAACCCACAGGUUUCAAGUUGGAGUUCUUGUGCUCUCUUUGGGUUUAACUUGCUAUUGUGGCUCGCAGAACUCAGGGAAACACUUACUCAUCUUCACAGUCUUCUUUCAUUUCUAUUUUUGUAGAGAUGGAGUCUCUCUAUGUUGCCCAGGCUGAACUCCUGGCCUCAAGUGAUCUUCCCAUCUUGGUCUCCCAAAGUGCUGGGAUUACAGGUGUGAGCCACCAUACCUAACUCUCAGGUUUCUUUCUUUUUCUUUUUUUUUGAGACAAGAGUCUCGCACCCUGUGGCCCAUGCUGGAGUGCAGUGGUGCAAUCUCAGCUCGCUGUAACCUCCACUGCCCAGAUUCAAGCUAUUCUCCUGCCUUGGCCUCCCAAAUAGCUGGGAUUAUAGGUGCACACCACCACGCCUGGCUAAUUUUUGUAUUUUUAGUAGAGACGGGGCUUCACCAUGUUGGCCAGGCUGGUCACGAGCUCCUGACCUCAAGUGAUCCACCCACUUUGGCCCCCCCAAAGUGCUGGGAUUACAGGCAUGAGCCACUGCACCCAGCCAAGGAUAUUUUAAAGGAUACAAAUAAACAUCCAGGUGAAGAGAUACAUAGGGUGAGGUCUAGAAGGGUCUUGAGCACAGUAGCUUCUGUCUCUGGGGUUAGGGUGUGCCACCCUCCCAGCUGAUGGAUAAGUUCUUGUUUACCUUCCUAUAAGCCUGCAUGUGUUGAGCUGUCCGGGAGCUUUCUGAAUCCUGUACUCUGGGGCCUUUUCUUGAGACCUCAUUGGAUAGGCAUGAUUCAUAACUAUGUAGAAAUUGGCUGGACAAAAAAAGUAGAAUCUAAUACUGAUAGACUGAAUGGGAAAAUCCAUCAAGCCCUGUCUGUUCAGAUUCUUUUUGGCUUCUCUAUGUAGCAUUCCUGCCUCCAUGGUAUGAGACAGGACCCCUUCUGAAAUGAAUGUCUGAUGACCCACAAUCAGAAAAGCUGGGAAGAUUAGACUCCUUCCUUGGGCAGGUGAAGGACAGCAGGAGAAGGUCAGUGAGAGAGAUUCUGUCUUCUCAGUCCUGCCUCUGAAGCCUACAGUGCCACAGCAGUAUAACAGGGGCUGUGACAGUUAUGAGCCAGGAAAAAUACAAAAAUUAGCCAGGUGUGGUGGCGCAUGCCUGUAAACCCAGCUACCCGGGAGGCUGAGGUGGGAGAAGUGCUGGAACCAAGGAGGCGGAGGCUGCAGUGAGCCAAGAUCAUGCCACUGCACUCCAGCCUGGGUGACAGACUGUGACUUGGUUGAAAUUAAAAAAAAAAAAAAGUUCCACAUAUCCCUAGGGCAGAGGCACACUGCAGCCAAGCUCUUUGCUAAGGAAAAACAAAAGUGACCUGUACUUCAGUUCCCAAUAAAUACUUAUAAGUAUUGUCCUUUCCAUCUGAGACCUCCUCAGCCUGAACUUUAUAUCACUAUCAGCAUUUUGGUCACAACCAUUCAGCAAGCCUCUAUAAAGUCUCAAACUGCCUCAUCUUCCUGUUGUCUUCUGAGCCCUCCACACUCUUCCAAACCUCUGCCUGUUAAGAAGUUCCAAAACCAAUUCCACAUUUUCAGAUAUCUUGAUAGCAAUGCGCCACUUCUCAGUACCAAUUUUCUUGUAUUAUUCCAUUCUUGCAGCAUGAUAAAGAAAUACCUGAGACUGGGUAAUUUAUAAAGAAAAGAGGUUGAAUUGGCCCAUGAUUCUGCAGACUGCACAGGAAGCAUGGUACUGGAAGGAUGGCAUCUGCUCAGCUUCUAGGGAGGCCUCAGGAAACUGACAAUCAUGGUGGAAGGCAAAGGGGGAGCAGCAGUUCACAUGGCCAGAGAAGGAGCAAGAGAGAACAGGGCAAGGUGCCACAGACUUUUAAAUGACCGGUUCUCACAAGAACUUACUAUCACAAGACCAGCACCACAGGGAUAGUGCUAAACCAUUCAUGAAGGACCACCAUCCAAUCACCUCCCACAAGGCCCCACCUUCAAUAUUGGGAAUUACAAUUCGACAUGAGAUUUGGGUGGAGAUUCAAAUCCAAACCAUGUCCUUUUGCUUUUUCUGUUUUGUUUGUGGAGUAGAUUUUUCUCCAUCCCUUUACUUCGAGCCUAAGGGUGUCAUUGCAUGUGAGAUGGGUCUCUUGAAGACAGCAUACCAUUGGAUCUUGCUUUUUUAUCCAAGUUGCCACUGUGCCUUUUAAUUGGGGCAUUUAGCCUGCUUACAUUCAAGGUUAGUAUUUAUAUGUGUAGAUUUGAUCCUAUCAUGUUGUUAGCUGGUUAUUAUGCAGACUUGUUUGUGUGGUUGUUUUAUAGUGUCACUGGUCUAUGUACUUAAGUGUGCUUUUGUGGUGGCUGGUAAUGGUUUUUUCUUUCCAUAUUUAGCACUCCCUUCAGGACCUCUUGUACAGAUGUUCUCUUUCAUUGUAAUCACACAGGAUGGGCUAUGUCACCCAAAUAACAAGUGGUGGUGAUUAACAUGGGAAAUGUUAUCUGCCAGGGUCACGCAUUACAGACUCUGUGCCCAGAGUAUUUUUUCAUGGCUCUGUUUUCUGUUAGUUGUAAUAGAAUACCUGAAAUUUGGCUGGGUGCGGUGGCUCGUGCCUGUAAUCCCAACACUUUGGGAGGCUGAUGCAGGUGGAUCAUUUGAGACCAGGAGUUUGUGACCAGCUCAGCCAACAUGGUGAAACCCUAUCUCUACUGAAAUAUAAAAACAAAGCUGGGCAUGGUCAUGCAUGCCUGUAAUCCCAGCUACUUGGGAUGCUGAAGCAUGGGAAUUACUUGAACUGGGAGGUCGAGGCUGCAGUGAGCCAAGAUUGCCCCCCCUGCAUUCCAGCCUGUGCAACAGAGCAAGACUGUUUCCAAAAACAAAAAAACAAAAAACCCUGAAUUUGGGUUAAUAUAUAAAAAAUACGCUCUCCCUCUCCCCCUCCCCACGGUCUCCUUCUCCCUCUCUUUCCACGGUCUCCCUCUGAUGCCCAGCCGAAGCUGGACUGUACUGCUGCCAUCUCGGCUCACUGCAACCUCCCUGCCUGAUUCUCCUGCCUCAGCCUGCUGAGUGCCUGCCAUUGCAGGCGCGUGCCGCCACGCCUGACUGGUUUUCGUAUUUUUUUGGUGGAGAUGGGGUUUUGCUGUGUUGGCCGGGCUGGUCUCCAGCUCCUAACCACGAGUGAUCCGCCAGCCUCGGCCUCCGGAGGUGCCGGGAUUGCAGAGGGAGUCUCGUUCACUCAGUGCUCAAUGGUGCCCAGGCUGGAGUGCAGUGGCGUGAUCUCGGCUUGCUACAACCUCCACCUCCCAGCCGCCUGCCUUGGCCUCCCAAAGAGCCAAGAUUGCAGCCUCUGCCUGCCCGCCACCCUGUCUGGGAAGUGAGGAGCGUCUCUGCCUGGCCACCUAUCAUCUGGGAUGUGAGGAGCCCCUCUGCCUGGCUGCCCAGUCUGGAAAGUGAGGAGCGUCUCUGCCCGGCCGCCAUCCCAUCUAGGAAGUGAGGAGCGCCUCUUCCUGGCCGCCAUCCAAUCUAGGAAGCGAGAGUCUCUGCCCGGCCGCCCAUGAUCUGAGAUGUGGGGAGCGCUUCUGCCCGGCCGUGACCCCGUCUGGGAUGUGAGGAGCGCCUCUGCUCGGCCGUGACCCCGUCUGGGAGGACUCAGUGACCUUUGAGGAUGUGGCUGUGAACUUCACCCAGGAGGAGUGGGCUUUGCUGGGUCCUUCCCAGAAGAACCUCUACAGAGAUGUGAUGUGGGAAACCUUCAGGAACCUGAUGUCUGUAGAAGUCAUAUGGUAGAGAGAGUCUGAAGGUAAGGAAGAUGGUCAAUGUGAAGAGAUCUUCAGCCUUGUUCCAAAUGGUAUAGUGAAGAUGACUUUUACUGGAGUCAAAUCAUGUGAAAGCAGUGUGUGUGAAGAAGGCAAUAUGGAUCAUUCAUCUCUUAACUGCUGCAUCAGAGCUGACACUGGACACAAAUCAGAUGAGUGUCAGGAACAUAGAAGCCACAUAAGCAGUGUGUGAAAAAAAUCAGAUGAGUGUCAGGAACAUAGAAGCCACAUAAGCAGUGUGUGAAAACCUUCAGCUAUUGCCACUCCUUUCAAACACAUGAAAGGCCUCACACUGGAAAGAAACUCCAUGUAAGAAAUGUGGAAAAACCUUCAUUUCUGUUCAAACCUUUUGAAGAUACAUGGUAAUGCACAGUGAAGAUGAACCUUAUAAAUGUAAGUUUUGUGGGAAGGCCUUUGAUAAUCUACAUUUAUAUCUUACACAUGAAAGAACUCACACUGGAGAGAAACCCUAUGAAUGUAAUAAAUGUGGGAAAGCCUUCAGUUGUUCCAGUUCCAUUCGAAAACAUGCAAGAAUUCACACCGGAGAGAAACCCUAUAUAUGUAAACAAUGUGGCAAAGCCUUUAGAUAUUCCAGUUCUAUUUGAAAUCAUGAAAACACUCACACUGGUGAAAAACCCUGUGAAUGUAAGCAAUGUGGGAAAGCCUUUAGUUAUUCCAGUUACUUUCGAAUACAUGAAAGAAUUCACACUGGAGAGCAGGUGUAUAAAUGUAAGGAAUGUGGAAAAACAUUCACUUAUCCCAGUGCCUUUCAUAAACAUAAAAGUACCCACACUUCACAGAAACUUUAUGAAUGUAAGGAAUGUGGGAAAGCAUUUGAUUGUUUUAGUUCCUUUCAUAGUCGUGAAGGGGUUCACACUGGAGAGAAACCCUAUGAAUGCAGAACGUGGAAAAGCCUUCAGUAGUUCUAAGUACUUAAAAAUACAUGGAAGAACUCACACUGGAGAGAAGUCCUAUGCAGUAAAGAAUGAGGGAAAGUAUUUUAUUGUCUCAGUCCCCUUAAAAACAUGAAAGGACUCACAUCAGAGAAAAGUUGUAUGAAUGUAAAAAAUGUGAUAAAGGCUUCCAUUUGUCCAGUACUGUUAGAAACCAUGAAAGAAGUCACAUUUAAGAAAAACACAGUGAUGUUAGGAAUAUGGGGAAGCUUUCCUUUCUCUUCCAGUCUUUUGAAGGCACAGGGUAUGACACACUGGUGACCUUAUAACUGUAAGGAGUGUGGAUAAGUAUUUAUUAGUCCUUGUGUGUUUUAGAUACAUGAAAGAAUUUACUCUAGAAGGAAACUCUAUGAAUGUAAAGAAUGUGGUAAAACCUGUGUAGUUUCAGUUUCUCUUGAAUAAAGUCAUUUCCUGGUAUUCUCAGGGGAUUGGUUCCAGCACCCCUUGAGAAUAUAUAAUUUUGCUCAAGUGCUUUAUAGAAAAGUGUAUUUGCCUAUAACUAGGCAAUCCUGUAUACUUUAAAUCAUCUCUAGAUUACUUAUAAUACCUAAUGCAUUGUAAAUGCUAUGAAGACAACUGUUUUAUUGUAUUUAGGGAAGUAUGACAAGAAAAAACAUCUGUACAUAUUCAGUACAGACACAACCACCAUACGGCUACCUACCUAGUACACAUCAUCUACAAUAUAACAUUUUCUUUUUAAAAAACAGUUAUGGAUUGGUUUCAUUAAAUGACCUGCAAGCGUG